CGCGCUCGGGGCCGGUGGGCGGCGCAUCCCCGGCGCUCCGUCCCCGCCCCGCAGCCGCCCGAGCGGAGCCGCCGCGGCCGGACCCGAUGCCGGCAGCUGGGCGCUGAGGGCGGCCCCGACAUGGGGGUUCUCAGCAUCACGGACCAGCCCCCUCUGGUCCAAGCCAUCUUCAACCGGGAUGUGGAGGAGGUUCGGUCGCUGCUCAAUCAGAAGGAGAACAUCAAUGUGCUGGACCAGGAGCGCCGGACCCCGCUGCACGCUGCUGCCUACAUCGGAGACGUUGCAAUCCUCGAGCUGCUCAUCCUGUCAGGUGCUAACGUGAACGCCAAGGACACGGUGUGGCUGACGCCGCUGCACCGCGCCGCGGCCUCGCGCCACGAGAAAGCCCUGCAGCUGCUCCUGAAGCACUCGGCCGAUGUCAAUGCCCGCGACAAGCACUGGCAGACGCCGCUGCACGUGGCCGCGGCCAACCGGGCCACCAAGUGCGUGGAGGCGCUGGUGCCGCUGCUCAGCACCGUCAACGUGGCCGACCGCACCGGGCGCACGGCGCUGCACCACGCCGUGCACAGCGGCCACCUCGAGAUGGUGAACUUGCUGCUCAACAAAGGUGCCAGCCCCAGCACGUGUGACAAGAAGGACAGGCAGCCCCUGCACUGGGCGGCCUUCCUGGGUCACCUGGAGGUGCUGAAGCUGCUGGUGGCCCGCGGGGCCGAUGUCAUGUGCAAGGACAGGAAGGGUUACACGCUGCUGCACACGGCGGCCGCCAGCGGCCAGAUCGAGGUCGUGCGUCACCUGCUCAGGCUGGGGGUGGAGAUCGACGAGCCCAACUCCUUCGGGAACACGGCGCUGCACAUCGCGUGCUACAUGGGGCAGGACGCGGUGGCCAACGAGCUGGUCAACGUGGGCGCCAACGUCAACCAGCCCAACGAGAAGGGCUUCACCCCCCUGCACUUCGCCGCCGUCUCCACCAACGGCGCCCUGUGCCUGGAGAUCCUGGUCAACAACGGCGCCGACGUCAACUUCCAGAGCAAGGAAGGGAAGAGCCCCCUGCACAUGGCGGCGAUCCACGGACGGUUCACGCGCUCGCAGAUCCUCAUCCAGAACGGCAGCGAGAUCGACUGCGCUGACAAGUACGGCAACACCCCCCUGCACGUCGCGGCUAGAUACGGCCACGAGCUGCUAAUUAGUACGUUAAUGACCAAUGGUGCUGACACUGCCAGGCGCGGCAUCCACGACAUGUUCCCCCUGCACUUGGCCGUGCUCUUCGGCUUCUCCGACUGUUGUCGCAAGCUGCUUUCCUCAGGGCAGUUGUACAGCAUCGUGUCCUCGCUGAGCAACGAGCACGUGCUGAGCGCCGGCUUCGACAUCAACACCCCCGACAACCUGGGCAGGACCUGUCUGCACGCUGCUGCUUCCGGAGGGAACGUUGAAUGUCUGAACCUGCUGCUGAGCAGCGGCGCCGACCUGCGGAGGAGGGACAAGUUCGGGAGGACCCCCCUGCACUACGCGGCGGCCAACGGCAGCUACCAGUGCACGGUGACGCUGGUGACGGCCGGCGCCGCCGUCAACGAGGCCGACGGCAAAGGCUGCACGGCGCUGCACUACGCUGCUGCCUCCGACACCUACCGACGGGCCGAGGCUCACUCAGGACCCAGCGAGGAGGAGCCCCUGAAGGAGUCGAGGCUGAAGGAGGCGUUCUUCUGUCUGGAAUUCCUGCUGGACAACGGUGCUGACCCCUCCCUGCGGGACAAGCAGGGCUACACCGCCGUCCACUACGCGGCCGCCUACGGCAACCGGCAGAACCUCGAGCUGCUCCUGGAAAUGUCCUUUAACUGCCUGGAGGACGUGGAAAGCACCGUUCCAGUCAGCCCUUUGCACUUAGCUGCCUACAAUGGUCACUGUGAAGCCCUGAAGGCUCUGGCUGAGACGCUGGUGAACCUGGACGUGCGGGACCACAAGGGCCGCACCGCGCUCUACCUGGCCACGGAGCGCGGCGCCAGCGAGUGCGUGCAGGUGCUCACCAGCCACGGCGCCUCCGCCCUGGUCAAGGAGAGGAAGAGGAAGUGGACGCCUCUCCACGCUGCAGCUGCCAACGGGAACACGGAUUCCCUGCACCUCCUGAUCGACAGCGGCGAGCGGGCGGACAUCACCGACGUCAUGGACAUCCACGGCCAGACCCCUCUGAUGCUGGCCAUCAUGAACGGCCACGUGGACUGUGUCCAUCUCCUGCUGGACAAGGGCUCCACGGCCGACGCCGCCGACAAGAGGGGCCGGACCGCGCUGCACCGGGGGGCGGUGACGGGCUGCGAGGACUGCCUGGCUGCCCUGCUGGACCACGAUGCCUUUGUCCUGUGCCGGGACUUCAAGGGCCGCACCCCGAUCCACUUCGCCUCGGCCUGCGGCCACCUGGAGGCGCUGCGGGCGCUGCUGCGCGCCGCGCUGGCCACCGACCCGCUGGACGCCGGCGUGGACUACAGCGGCUACUCGCCCAUGCACUGGGCCUCCUACAGCGGGCACGAAGAUUGUCUUGAAUUGUUACUUGAACACAACCCGUUCGCGUACCUAGAAGGAAAUCCCUUCACUCCAUUGCACUGUGCAGUAAUUAACAACCAGGAGGGCGCUGCAGAAAUGCUGGUGGAAGCUCUGGGUGCCAAGAUUGUGAAUAGCAGAGAUGCCAAAGGAAGGACCCCCCUUCACGCCGCUGCCUUCGCAGACAACGUCCGCGCGCUGCAGCUGCUGCUGCGCCACCGCGCCCAGGUGGACACGGCCGACAAGAUGGGCAGGACCCCCCUGAUGGUGGCAUCGGAGCACGGGCACACGGCGGCACUGGAGUUCCUGCUGUUCCAAGCAAAAGCAAAUAUUACUGUGCUGGAUGUCAACAAGAACACAGCUCUUCACCUGGCCUGCAGCAAGGGCCAUGAAAAGUGUGCCUUGUUGAUCCUGGGGGAAACCCAAGACCUUGGCCUUAUCAAUGCAAGUAACAGUGCUCUGCAGAUGCCGCUGCACAUCGCGGCGAGGAACGGCCUGGCCUCGGUGGUGCAGGCCCUGCUCAGCCGCGGGGCCACCGUGCUGGCUGUGGAUGAAGAAGGUCACACCCCAGCCCUGGCGUGUGCCCCCAACAAGGACGUGGCCGACUGCCUGGCACUGAUCCUCUCCACCAUGAAGCCUUUCCCGCCCAAGGACGCGCUCGGCUCCUUCAGCCUCAGCCUCCUCACGAACUGCGGCAUCGCGGCCAAGGCGGCGGCGGCGGCGGCCUGCGGGGCGCUGCCGGUGCCGGUGCCGGCCUGCGGGGCGCUGCCGGUACCGGCCUGCGGGGCGCUGCCGGUGCCGGCCCGCGGGGCGCUGCCGGUGCCGGCCUGCGGGGCGCUGCCGAACGGCUCCUCCUGCCCCUACUCCAAGGAGCGCCACAGCGCCAUCGGCCUGGACGGCUGCUACUCGGAGUGACCUCCCUCCCCCCGGCCACGGGUGACCUGAUAUCUUAUUCUAUUUAUUUAGAAAUUCUAUAAAUAUAGGGCACUUUAAAGGAGAACAAGACCGGGCGGGCCCAGCCUGGGGUGGGUGGGGGUGAGGCCAAGAGUUCGGGGUUUUGUGUGGUCCCGAUGGGGCCAGGGCUGUGCCAGUCCCGUGCCCUGCGCCCUCCCUGGCUGGGCAGGGCUGGAAGGGGCAGGACUGGGGCUGGCACAUCCCUGGGAUGGAAAGGACAGGACUGGGGCUGGCACAUCCCUGGGAUGGAAAGGACAGGACUGGGGCUGGCACAUCCCUGGGAUGGAAAGGACAGGACUGGGGCUGGCACAUCCCUGGGAUGGAAAGGACAGGACUGGGGCUGGCACAUCCCUGGCACGGAAAGGAGAGGAUUGGGGCUGGCACAUCCCUGGCACGGAAAGGACAGGAUUGGGGCUGGCACAUCCAUUGUGCCCUCCCAACCUUCCCUGGCUGGCACAAUUUGGGCUGGCACGUUCCUGGGAUGGAAAGGACAGGACUGGGGCUGGCACAUCCCUGGCACGGAAAGGACAGGAUUGGGGCUGGCAAAAUGUGCCCCUGUGCCCUGCCAAUCCUCCCUGGCUGGCAGGACUGGGGCUGGCACAUCCCUGGCACAGAAAGGAGAGGAUUGGGGCUGGCAGAUCCUUGGCACGGAAAGGAGAGGAUUUGGGAUGGCAAAAUGUGCCCCUGUGCCCUGCCAGUCCUCCCUGGCUGGGCAGGGCUGGAAGGGGCAGGACUGGGGCUGGCACAUCCCUGGCACGGAAAGGACAGGAUUGGGGCUGGCACAUCCCUGGCACGGAAAGGACAGGAUUGGGGCUGGCACAUCCCUGGCAUGGAAAGGAGAGGAUUGGGGCUGGCAAAAUGUGCCCCUGUGCCCUGCCAAUCCUCCCUGGCUGGGCAGGGCUGGAAGGAGCAGGACUGGGGCUGGCACAUCCCUGGCAUGGAAAGGAGAGGAUUGGGGCUGGCACAUCCCUGGCAUGGAAAGAUCAGGAUUUGAGCUGGCACAUCCCUGGCAUGGAAGGAGCAGGAUUUGGGCUGGCACAUCCCCCGUGCCCUCCCAACCUUCCCUGGCUGGCACAAUUUGGGCUGGCAGGUUCCUGGUACCUUCCCAACCCUCCCUGGCUGGCAGGAUUUGGGCAGGCAGGAUUUGGGCUGGCACAUCCCUGGCAUGGAAGGGGCAGGAUUUGGGCUGGCACAUCCCUGGCAUGGAAGGGGCAGGAUUUGGGCAGGCAGGAUUUGGGCUGGCACAUCCCUGGCAUGGAAGGGGCAGGAUUUGGGCUGGCACAUCCCUGGCAUGGAAGGGGCAGGAUUUGGGCAGGCAGGAUUUGGGCUGGCACAUCCCUGGCAUGGAAGGGGCAGGAUUUGGGCUGGCACAUCCCUGGCAUGGAAGGGGCAGGAUUUGGGCUGGCACAUCCCUGGCAUGGAAGGGGCAGGAUUUGGGCAGGCAGGAUUUGGGCUGGCACAUCCCUGGCAUGGAAAGAUCAGGAUUUGGGCAGGCAGGAUUUGGGCUGGCACAUCCCUGGCAUGGAAGGGGCAGGAUUUGGGCUGGCACAUCCCUGGCAUGGAAGGGGCAGGAUUUGGGCAGGCAGGAUUUGGGCUGGCACAUCCCUGGCAUGGAAGGGGCAGGAUUUGGGCUGGCACCAGGCAGGUGCUGCUGGAUUUUUCCCUCGGGGGUUGCUGGGAGCCAUUUCCUCCCCGGUGCUUUUGUUUCCCUCCCAGUUCUGUUUCCUCCCUGGCAUCUUUGUUUCAUUCCUGCUGUUUCAUUCCCGGAGUUUUUGUUUCCUUCCCAGAGUUUUUGUUCCCUUCCCAGCGUUAUUGUUUCAUUCCCAGGAAUUUUAUUUCAUUCCUGGUGUUUCUCUUUCCUUCCCAUCAUUUUUGUUCCCUUCCCAAUAUUUCUGUUCCCUUCCCAAUGUUUCUGUUUCCUUCCCAACAUUUUUGUUCCAUUCCUGGUGUUCCAUUCCCAAAGUUUUUGUUUCAUUCCCAAAUUUUCCUUCCCAGAGUUUUUCUUCCCUUCCCAAUGUUUUUGUUCCCUUCCCAACAUUUUUGUUCCCUUCCCAACAUUUUUGUUCCCUUCCCAACAUUUUUGUUCCCUUCCCAAUGUUUCUGUUUCCUUCCCAACAUUUUUGUUUCAUUCCCGGUGUUCCAUUCCCAAAGUUUUUGUUUCAUUCCCAAAUUUUCCUUCCCAGAGUUUUUCUUCCCUUCCCAAUGUUUUUGUUCCCUUCCCAACAUUUUUGUUCCCUUCCCAACAUUUUUGUUCCCUUCCCAACAUUUUUGUUCCCUUCCCAAUGUUUCUGUUUCCUUCCCAACAUUUUUGUUUCAUUCCCGGUGUUCCAUUCCCAAAGUUUUUGUUUCAUUCCCAAAUUUUCCUUGCCAAUGUUUUUGUUCCUUUCCCAAUAUUUCUGUUUCCUUCCCAACGUUUUUGUUUCCUUCCCAGUGUUUCUGUUCCCUUCCCAACGUUUCUGUUCCAUUCCCAACGUUUUCCUUUCAUUCCCACAUUUUCCUUCCCAGAGUUUUUCUUCCCUUCCCAAGGGAACAAAAGUUCAUUGUGGUUUUCGUUUCAUUCCCAGCAUUUCCCCCCAGCAAAUCCCAGGAAUUCCCUUCCCCUCGCACCCUCAGUUCAGCUGGGGUCAGGACAAACCCAGACUCUCGGCCGGGGUGGGGAUUUGGGAAUUUGGGGAUUUGGGGAUUUGGGAAUUUGGGGAUUUGGGGAUUUGGGGAUUCGGGAAUUUGGGGAUUUGGGGAUUUGGGGAUUUGGAAAAUUGGGAAUUUGGGGAUUUGGGAAUUUGGAAAUUUGAGGAUUCAGGGAUUUGGAAUUUUGGGAAUUUGGGAAUUUGGAAAAUUGGGAAUUUGGGGAUUUGGAAAUUUGGGGAUUUGGAAAUUUGGGAAUUUGGAAAUUUGAAAAUUUGGGGAUUUGGAAAUUUGGAAAUUCGAGAAUUUGGAAAUUUGGAAAUUCGGGAAUUUGGAAAUGUGAAAAUUUGGAAAUGUGAAAAUUUGGAAAUGUGAAAAUUUGGAAAUUUGGGAAUUUGGGAAUGUGGAAAUUUGGGAAUUUGGAAUUUUGGGAAUUUGGAAAUCUGGAAAUUUGGGGAUUUGGGAAUUUGGAAAUUUGGGAAUUUGGAAAUGUGAAAAUUUGGAAAUUUGGGGAUUUGAGAAUUUGGAAAUUUGGAAAUUCGGGAAUUUAAAAAUGUGAAAAUUUGGAAACGUGGGAAUUUGGGGAUUUAGGAAUUUGGAAAUCCAGGGAUUUAUCUCCAGCCAGGGUGGGAAUCCCCCCUCCCCUCUCCUCUCCUCUCCAAAAAAACCCCUUGAAAAGCCCCAAAUCCCCUGAACCCAGCACUGCAAACCCUUGGCAGCUCGUUUUAGGGGAACCAAACCCAGGAGAUCGGGUGCCCCGCCGGAGCCUCCCCCACCCCGGCACUUUAGGGAUUCUCUUGUUUCCCUUUUUUUUGGGUUUUUUUUGUUUUUUCCCCUCCUUUUCCCAAUUUAUCCCAUCCUAAAAAUCCUAAAAAUCGCUUUUUUUCCCCCUUGUUUGUGUGGCCAUUCCCAUGAGAGAGUCAGCGUUGGUUGUUUAUUUUUUCUUUUUAAAAAAAAAGAGAAUUCUUUCUAGAGAAACGAGCAUUUACCUUUAAAAAAAACCAACAAAAACCGUUUAAAAAAAAAGAAAAUUCAACAUUUUCGCCUUCCCUAAGAAACAAAUGCACUUGCAAGUCCUUGAUUUGCUUGGGAUGCAGAUUUUGGGAGGGGGAUCAUUGUUUUUUUGGUUUGGGUUCUUAUUUUUUGUUUUAAUUUGAAUUUUUUGGGACUCCUGGCUCUGCUGCAGGUUGGGAGCAUCCGAGAGUGUUGCACUGUUCGUUGAUUUUUUUGGAUUUUUUCCUUCUGAAUUGCUGUGACAGCAUCAAAAAUGAAAUUUUCCCUCCUUCCCAGAGUCUGCUCCCAGCCAAAGAGGGGGUGCAGAGGAGAAGGGGCUGCAGGAAUUCCGGGAAUUUGGGGAAAAGGGCAUUUCUGGAACCAAAAUUCGAUUUUUUUGUUGCUGUUUAUUUUCUUUUUCAAGCAUUUAGAGAUGAAGGUGGCUCCCCUUGGGGAGCUGUUCUGGGGGAACCCUGGCACUGUUUUGUUUUUAUUUUUAUUUUUAUUUUUAUUUUUAUUUUUAUUUUAUAUUUCUUUUUCAAUAUUUCACGGAAGAGAACUGGAAAAAAAAAACCACAAAACCCCCGAGAAGUUGUUUACAUUUUCCUGCAGCUCCUUCCCUUUUCCCAGCAGGAAAUCCCCCAAUCCCCUGUCCCAAAACCCUGGGAUUUUGGGGGUUUUUUAGGUUUUUUUGGGAUUUUUUGGGGAUUUUUGGGGGAUUUUUUGAGGAUUUUUUGGGAUUUUUUUGGGAUUUUUGGGGGGAUUUUUUGGGAUUUUUUGGGGGAUUUUUUGGGGGAUUUUUUGGGGAUUUUGGGGGGAUUUUUUGAGGAUUUUUUGGGAUUUUUGGGGAAACUUUGGAGGAUUUUUGGGGGGAUUUUUUGAGGAUUUUUUGGGAUUUUUGGGGGAUUUUGGGGGGAUUUUUUGAGGAAUUUUUGGGAUUUUUUUGGGAUUUUUGGGGGGAUUUUUUGGGAUUUUUGGAGGAUUUUUGGGGUUUGUUUUUUUUUAUUUUUUUGGGAUUUUUUUUUUUAUUUUUGGGGGAUUUUGGGAGGAUUUUUUGGGGGAUUUUUAGGGCAUUCCCACCUUUCCAGGAUGGGAAUUUUCCCAUUUCCACCCUGCCCUCCAAAUUUCUCACCCUUUUUACCAGCACAUGGAAAACUCUGCUUUUCUCAUUUCAGGUGUUCUUUUUGGGGUAUUAUUUUGAUUUUUUUGGGAUUUUUUCCAUUUAUUUUAGGUGUUCUUUUUGGGGUAUUAUUUUGAUUUUUUGGGAUUUUUUUCAUUUAUUUUAGGUGUUCUUUUUGGGGUUUUAUUUUGAUUUUUUGGGAUUUUUUGUGGUUUUAUUUUGAUUUUUUUGGGAUUUUUUUCAUUUAUUUCAGGUGUUCUUUUUGGGGUUUUAUUUUGAUUUUUUGGGAUUUUUUUUCAUUUAUUUUAGGUGUUCUUUUUGGGGUUUUAUUUUGAUUUUUUGGGAUUUUUUGGGGUUUUAUUUUGAUUUUUUUGGGAUUUUUUUUUUCAUUUAUUUUAGGUGUUCUUUUUGGGGUUUUAUUUUGAUUUUUUGGGAUUUUUUUCAUUUAUUUUAGGUGUUCUUUUUGGGGUUUUAUUUUGAUUUUUUUUUAUUUUUUUCAUUUAUUUCAGGUGUUCUUUUGGGGGUUUUAUUUUGAUUUUUUGGGAUUUUUUUUCAUUUAUUUUAGGUGUUCUUUUUGGGGUUUUAUUUUAAUUUUUUGGGGGAUUUUUUCAUUUAUUUUAGGUGUUCUUUUUGUGGUUUUAUUUUGAUUUUUUGGGAUUUUUUUCAUUUAUUUUAGGUGUCCUUUUUGGGGUUUUAUUUUGAUUUUUUGGGGGAUUUUUUCAUUUAUUUCAGGUGUUAUUUUGGGGUUUUUUUUGGGGUUAUUUUGGGGGUUUUUUUGGGGUUAUUUUUGAUUUUUUUGGGGUUUUUUUCCCAUUUUGCCCUCCCUGCUGGCCUUGUCCCCAAAGUGUCACCUCCACUCUGAGACAAUCAACUCCAAAAGGGCUUCCCCACCCAAAUAAUCCUCCAAAUAAUCCAAAUAAUCCUCCAAAUAAUCCAAAUAAUCCUCCAAAUAACCCUAAUCCCAUUAUUAAUAAUAAUAUUUUAUUAUUAUUAAUUAACACUGAUGCUAAUUAGGGGAAACGAGGUUCCAGCAGCGCAUCCAGGAGGGGAGAGGGGUGGGGAAAAAAAGAAAAAACGGGGGGAAUUUGGUGAUUUUGUGGCCUUUUUUUUUAUUUUUUGGGGUGUCCCAGUCUUGUUCUCCUUUAAUUCCGUAUCGUUCUCGUCGACAGCACAGCUUGACAAUUGAAGUCAUUAAUAAUCAAAAGUGGUUGGUAAUAAUUGCAUUUAUUUUGCUAAACGAGAUUGGAUUUUUUUUUAUUUUAAUUAAUUUUUUUUUUUUUGGUGAUGGUUUUCCCCGGUGCAUUGUAAAAAAUAAUAAUAAUAAUAAUACAAAAAAAAAAAAUUUAAAAAUAAAAAGGGAUGGAGGGAAACUUCCACUGCCCUGAACUCCCCCCAAAUUUUCCAUCCCUUUAUGCCAAAGUUGGACCAUUUAAUGAAAUUUAUUUCGCCUGGUUUGGAGCACUCAGAUUCCUUUUCCGACAAAAAAAAUGCAAAAAAAAAAAAGGAAAAAAAAUGGAAGUUUCUCUCCCGCCCUUUGGUCCAAAGCACUUGGUUCAAGUAAUAAGCACUUUUGUUAAAAAAAAAAAGGAUGAGUCUGGGUUCCCAGCGAGAGUGGCUUUGGCUUUAUUUUUGCAGUUGGGAUUGAAGAGAGAAAGGUGAAAAAAGAGUAAAAAACCCAAAAAAAAGUUCGUUUUUAGGGAGUGAAUGGACAAAGGGAAGUUGUGGUUUUGAGAGAGAGGGAAGAAAAAAAAUGAAAAAUGUUUAAAAAAAAAGUUAAAAAAGAAGGAAUUAAAAAAAUAAUAAAAAAAAAGAACCCGACAGCACAAAUAAUAAUAAUAAUAAUGAUAUUAAUGAUAUUAAUGAUGGGAAUUUGCAUUUGGAAGUCAGCGGGAGUUUUUGCACUGCCACUGCCCAGCGAGGGGCGCCGCCCCUGAGCCAUAGACCUGCGACAAACACUGAAUGUACCGGGACAGGCCCGGGACGGACCGGGACAGACCGGGACAGACCGGGAUAGACCGGGACAGACCGGGAUAGACCGGGAUAAACCGGGACAGACCGGGAUAGCCUGGGGACAGACCGGGACAGACCGGGACAGACCGGGAUAGCCUGGGGACAGACCGGGACAGACCGGGACAGCCUGGGGACAGGAGAGGGACAGUGCCGGGACAGCAUAGGGACAAACACUGAAUGUACCGGGCCGGACCGGGACAGGCCCGGGACAGACCGGGACAGACCGGGACAGCCUGGGGACCGGAGAGGGACAGUGCCGGGACAGCAUAGGGACAAACACUGAAUGUACCGGGACAGUCCCGGGAUAGCCUGGGGACAGCUUGGGGACAACACAGGGACAGCCUGAGAUAGCCUGGGGCAGUCCGGGAUAGCCGGGGGAUGGCCUGGGGACAACACAGGGACAGCCCAGGACUACUGGAGACAGCCUGGGGCAGUCUGGGACAGCCCGGGAUAGCCCAGGGACAUCCCAGGGACAGCCCGGGACAGUCCGGGAUAGCCGGGGAUAGCCCAGAGACAGCUGGGGGCAGUCCGGGAUAGCCCGGGAUAGCCCAGGGACAGCCCGGGAUAGCCCGGGAUAGCCCAGAGACAUCCCAGGGACAGCCCGGGACAUCCCAGGGACAGCCCGGGGACAUCCCAGGGACAGCCCCGGCGCCGCUGCUGCCGCCACUCCCCGGCCACGGGAGCUUCGGGUUGUUAGGGAAGCGUGUCCUGCUGUCCCCGUGUCCCGCUCCUGUCCCUCUGUCCCUCUGUCCCGCUCCUGUCCCUCUGUCCCUCUGUCCCUCUCCUGUCCCCUCCCGUCCCACUCCGGUCCCGCUCCUGUCGCCUCCAGCCCUGUCCCCCUGUCCCGUCCCUGUCCCGUCCCUGUCCCGUCCCUGUCCCGUUCCUGUCCCCCUGUCCCUCUCCUGUCCCUUUGUCCCGUCCCUGCCCCCCCAUCCCUCCCCCCCCGUUUUCCUCUUCUCCCUUCCCUCUCCCCUCCCUCCUCCUUUCCCUUCCCUCUCCCUCUCCCUUCCCUCUCCCUUCUUUCUCCUCCCCUCCCUCUCCCACUUUUUCUCACCUCUCUCCCCUCCCUCUCCCUCCUCUCCCUCCUCUCCCUCUCCCUCCCUCUCCCUCCCUCCCUCUCCCCUCCCACUCCUCCCAAUCCCACAGGAGCAGCCCCACCCCCCCCCGGCCUCAUCCGGGGCUGGAAUCCGGCAGAUCCAAAAAUUAAAAAACUAAAAAAAUAAAUUUAAAAAAUCAGCAUAGCACUAAAAAGCCAAGCAAAAAAAACAAACCACAAAAAAAACCCCACAAAAAAAUCUCCAAAAACGGGGAAUCGCUUUGAGGUUGGUCCCGUUUUUGGGGAGCUCCGUGCAGAUCCCAAUUCCCAGCACGGGGAGGAACGAGGCAAACCCCAAACCCACGACAGCAGAGACCCCAGGAAGAACCGGUUUCAAUUCUUUAUUUUUUAAUGGUUAUUAUUUCGAAUAUUCCCUGGUUUUAUCCCGAUGUUCCGCGGGGUGGGAAUGUCGGGGUGGGAUCCCCCCUUUGCCUUCAGUGAGAAACCAAAGGAUAAAAACCCGACCCCUUCCCACCGGAUCCGGCACGGACGCGUGGAUUCCUCAGUUCAGCUUUUUCUUUUUCCCUUUUUUCCCCCAUUUUUUCCUCCUUUUCUUUCUUUUUUCCCUUUUCUCCAAGGACACAAGGAGCUGUUCAAUCCUCUUCUCCUGGCUGGAAUUUUCUGGGCUCGGCAGUGAAAGGAGAUGUAUUAAAAAAAACCAAUAAAAAUCACAAAACUUGUUAAAAAAUGAUUAAAAAAAAAAGCCGAGGCUCACCCAAAACAUCGCGGGGAGCUCUGGAGCUGCCCUAAAAUCCCUGGAAUUUUGGGGUGAGGCUGGAGGGGAUGGGGGGAAACGUCUCUAAGGCAUCUGUAGCAACUCUGUGUCUUUAAUAUCCUCCGUGUCAAUGCUGCACCUCUGUAUUUUAUGCACAUAAAUGUUCCUUUGAUGCCGACAGGACAAAAAAAAAAUACAUAAAAACACACAAAAAAAUAAAAUAAAUAUACAAAAAAAAACCUCAUCAUCACCUGUCAGGUACAAGCAACUCCUCCUUGUGCUGGUCCGUGUCUCGUCCGGGCCUCGUCCUCCCUCCUCUUCUCGUGCAGGGGGGACAAAAAGAUGGGAGGGGGGGUAAAAAUAACAAAAAAAUAUUUAAAAAAAUUCAAAAAAAAAAGGAAAAUAGCCUUACUCGACCCAGUCGUUAUCGAUAUUGUUCUUCGUCAACUUGAAAAUAAAUAAAGGAAACUUCGCAUGGAA